AAAAAUGCACAGUUGAAAGAACUUAGUGAAAGGUUCGAGCAUUUCAAAAAGGAAAAGGAAACGCAAGAGGUUGCCGGAGCCUUUAAGGGGGAUAAACACGUGUGUUUUUCUGCUGAAAACUUCAAUGACCAGGACCAGUUGAUUCGAUUUUACACAGGUAUUGUAAACUGGACUGUGUUUUUGCAGCUGUUUAACUUUAUUGUCAGUAGAUGUAAGGAUAUGAAAUACUGGAGAUCUGACGUUAAUGCAGACGAAAAUCACCAGCAUGAGCCUGAUCAGCUACGUCAAGGAAGACCUCAAAGUUUGUCGAUGCUUGAUGAGUAUUUUCUAACUCUGUCAGAUUAA